AAAAGGCCACGCCUCUGGUUUGCUGCAGCUCGGUGUGCAGUGUGACAGCGGGCUCGCCUGAAUUUAUUUCAGUCGGGGACGCGAGAGAAAUUAGGAGGAAGAAGCGAGGCGGAUACCGGUGCCCUCUCUCUCAUGCAGUUUUGAAGAAGACGCCCCCUCCCUGCACCUGUUCUGCUUCGUCUUGUCGCCCGUCUCGCAGGAGUUGAGCCUCUUGCGAGUGAGCGGACGUCUCAUUGUUAGAUAGACGUUGUUUUGAGCAUGACUUCGGCGUACAACCUGGAUUUCCACCCUCUCACCGAAAGUCGGUUAAUGACUUCGAGCGACACAAUCAACGGCAACGGCAGCAAAAUGAACGGGUCGCUGGAGCAUUUGGACCAGCCCGACCCAGACUCCAUCAAGAUGUUUGUGGGCCAGAUCCCGCGGUCCUGGUCAGAAACAGAACUUAAAGAGCUUUUUGAGCCCUUCGGAGCUGUGCACCAGAUCAACAUCCUCCGUGAUCGCACCCAGAACCCCCCUCAGAGCAAAGGAUGCUGUUUUGUAACUUUUUAUACAAGAAAAGCUGCACUGGAGGCCCAGAAUGCACUGCACAACAUAAAGACUUUAAGUGGGAUGCAUCAUCCUAUCCAGAUGAAACCCGCUGACAGUGAGAAAACAAGUGCGGUAGAAGACAGAAAACUCUUCAUCGGAAUGGUUUCAAAGAAAUACGGCGAGAACGAGAUCAGAAUGAUGUUCUCGUCUUUCGGGCAGAUCGAAGAGUGCCGAAUUCUCCGGGGACCAGAUGGUCAGAGCAGAGGCUGUGCGUUUGUCACAUUUGCUACCAGGGCAAUGGCACAGAAUGCAAUCAAAACCAUGCAUCACUCUCAGACUAUGGAGGGCUGUUCCUCACCUUUGGUGGUGAAGUUUGCCGACACACAGAGAGAUAAGGAGCAGCGGCGCCUGCAGCAGCAGCUAGUACAGCAGAUCCAGCAGCUCAACAGCGCCUCCACCUGGGGGAACCUGGCUGGCCUGGGGAGCCUCACACCGCAGUACCUGGCAUUGCUCCAGCAGGCCACGUCCACCAGUAACCAAGGCAGUUUCAACAAUAUGCAGAGGCUAGGAGCAGGUGUGAACCCCCUUCAGCUGCAGAACUUGGCCACAUUAGCUGCUGCUGCGGCUGCAGCCCAGAGUUCUGGCAGCCCGACCUCCACCAGCGCCCUGUCUGCAAACAGUGCAGCCCUGGGAGCCCUGGCCAGUCCAGCUGGUUCUACAGCAGCGUCCAGCGCGGGUGCUGCCAUGAACACCUUGGCAUCUCUGGGCACCCUGCAGGGUCUCGCUGGGACCUCUGUGGGCCUCAACCUCAACGCUCUCACCAACAGCGUCAGUGGUAUGGGGGGCAUGAAUGGAGGCCUGGGAGCCUCCAUGGCCAACGGGUCAGCAGCCAGCUCCAUGGACGCUCUGACCCAGGCCUACUCAGGGAUGCAGCAGUACACAGCCUCCGCCCUGCCCUCCCUCUAUGGCCAGUCUCUCCUGCAGCAGAGCAUGGCAGGCAGCCAGAAGGAGGUAGGGCCAGAGGGCGCCAACCUGUUCAUCUACCACCUGCCCCAGGAGUUCGGGGACCAGGAUCUUCUGCAGAUGUUUAUGCCUUUUGGAAAUGUGGUCUCUGCCAAAGUCUUCAUUGACAAACAGACCAAUCUGAGCAAGUGCUUUGGGUUCGUCAGCUAUGACAAUCCUGUGUCUGCGCAAGCUGCCAUCCAGGCCAUGAAUGGAUUCCAGAUCGGAAUGAAGAGGCUGAAGGUUCAGCUGAAGCGCUCCAAGAACGACAGCAAACCCUACUGAUCCUAGCCCCGGGGCCUUCCCCCCCUCCCCAGCUCUAAUGCUAGCACUGCUAGGGUAAGUUCACCCUCCAGCCAAGGUCACCACAGCAGAGACUCAGUGGGGCAGGGGGAAAGGAGCCCACCACAGGAGGGAGACUCGCUCUAUUCCUAAAAAACAAAAAAAACAAAAACAUGGUUGCAAUGAUCUUUCCAUAUUUUACUGUAUUUCAUUCCUGCGGUUUUAUCAUGUACUUUGAGUCGGAUUAAAUAUUUUAAUGUAUAUGAUUAUUUAUGACUAUCACUGGAGUCAGUGUUUCGCUGGAGGUAUUUUGUGUCACUGUAAUUAGUGGAGAGCAUCAGGUGUGUUUCCAUGCCAUUUCAUUGCCUUCAGGUCAAGCUAGACGGGUUGACUAAGGAUCAGUAGAAGGGCUGAAGCCAGGCCACAUAGACCCCGAGCCCAGAGCUUCAACCUGCGUUUGGCUUUUCACUUGUAGUCUUGUCUCGUCCGUUUGUCAUUCUUAAUGUGAAAAUCUUUUGCACUCUUCGAUCUUUGCUCUCCCUCCCCUGUCUUUCCUCCUCCUGUCCCCCACUCUUUCUCCGUCAUUAUCUAAGCCAUGUUGAGCUAGGCUACCUCUCUCUUUUCUCUAUUAACAACCUCUUCCAGUCAUUCCAUCCAUCCUCCAAGUCUCCCACCAGGGGGGCUGGCUCUAGAUGGAUCUCUUUGGGUGCCAAGUAUACAGUUUGUGCAUGUUGGAGUCUCUGCCAUAUGUCCUGGUGGUGUCACUUCCUUAAAUCUGUGUUUUUGUGUGUCGGGGGAGAGAGGGGGGGGAAAUGUUUACCGCACUGUCCUUACUGUAUGUGGUGAUUGGCAUUGUUUUUGUUGUUUUUUUUGUGCCUCAUGGCUAAACGAUUCUUGUGCUGUGCCCCUAACUUUCUCUCCUCUUUGUCUUCUCUCUCUCUCUCUCUCUCUCUCUCUCUCUCUCUCUCUCUCUCUCUCUCUUCCUUUCGUGUUUUUGUUCCUUUUUUAGAACAAAUCUCCAUGCCUGUUUGCUCAUCAUUAGCCUAGCAUGUCUUCAUGAUGUUGAAAGCCAAGCCAAACUCCUGGCCUCAUCAUCCCACCAUUGUCUGUGAUGUCUCUCUAAGCUCGCCUGACCAAUACCUGGCCACCCACUGACCCUUGACCUUAGCUCAACCUGAUUUUUCUGCAUGUAUAUUCAUUUUUGUUUUUUGUUUUUUUUGUUCUGUAUAGAAAUGUGACAGGUGGGAGAGAGGUCAAGCAAAUCAAUGUGAAAACUUACCUGCGUUGAAUUCAUUUAAAAGACCUUUUUUUUGUUUUGCGAAUGUUUAUUUUUUUCUUCUUUUGCGAAUGUUUUAAAAACCUGUGGGAUUUCUUAUUUUUAAUUUAGCUUUGAUUUUUUUUUUUUUUUUUUUUUUUUUUUAAAUGUUUCUUUCUUUUUACCUCUCUCAGUAAAGUUCACUUGAAAGUUGAAUACAGGGAUUGGCACACAGCUGUGCUAUUUGGUGCCAUUAGCAAUAUGUUGGCUUCUUUAAAAAAAAAAAAAAAAAGCUACAGACCACUUUCCAACACUUUUGAAAGUCUGACCAGUUAAACCCCUCUCAGUGCUCUGUAAUGAUCUCUACAUUUUGCGGGCAGUGUGAAGAUUUACACCAAGGCUAUUUAAAACUAUAUUUUCUUUUCAUUUACAAAACUAUCCAGUGUAUUUACCUUUUUUUUUGAACUAUUGAUGGCACAAUAAAAAGGUACAUUUGCUCUGUUUAGAGAAAUGACUACCUACAUGAGUCAACUUUUUUAGAACUGAUUCACAAAUAGACAAUCUGUGGUUUAAAUGCACACUUAGAUUACCUAUAUUUUAUACCAUUGAAUCUAUAGAAGUUUAACUAACAGAACCCAGGCAAAACUUUGGGUUUUUUGUAGAUUAUGUUGUAAUGUCAUCUGUGUCGGGGGGGUCUUCGGUGUACUACAUUUUUAAAGAGGACUAAAAAUCAGUUUGAUCAGUGUGACGGUUUGAGGGUCAUUUCUAAGUAAAUUUAAAAACACUUUAAGUCAAAAAAUUUCCUCUGCGUUAAUUGUAAUUUCAACUUCUGCGGAUAAAAACUUUUUUUCUCUUAAGGGUCACUGUAUGUAGACUUUUUUUUUCCUGUGUUAAAGAAAAAUUUAGUGUUCAACUUCCACGGUACGUCAUGUUGACUUUCUGUGAAUUUAUUUUCAUUAAUUAAUUAAUGGAUGUUUCACUUUGGUUUAGUUUGGAUGCCUCAUAUUGGUGAAAGUCUGUUAAUCAUACAGAUGCCAGACAAUGUCUUUUUGUUUUAAUUUGUUGUUAAAGUGCCCAUGUGUCAAACUCAGUGUUUUUGAAUUCACACAUUAUUUUCCUGUAAUAUUACCUAGUUUUCUUUACACACACACACACACACACACACACACACACACACACACACACACACACAAAACACUUUCUGUGAUUGCAAAUGUGGGAGCCCCUGAAGAAGAGAUCACUUGGACACAACACACGACCCGUGGGUCUCUGCACAUUUUCUACACACGCACACACACACUUGCUUUUUUAUUUUAGUUUUUUAGCUGAUUGUUCUUUUAAGUGACUUCCAGUAUCAUCGUACACGAUGCACAGCACAUUACUAACGACUAAACCCACCACAAGUAGUGUUGGUUUACAAAUACAUUCCAUUUUUUCAGCACAAAGUUUACACUUUUUUUUACUGGGGCGGUAUUUUGUCUGUUGUACUACGACGUUGUGGAGACAACCCUGGUAAAAUAACAACCACUUCACCCCCAAAGAAGGGUUCCCUAAAGCUGCGUACCUGAUGGCGCUGAAGAGUUGUCAACUCAGGGGCUUUUUUUGUGUGAAAACGAGAAACUCACACAGGAUUACGAUACACAAAAUGCACAAUUAUCACCAUUUGACCUUUUCGGUUUGUUUGGAAUUUUUUUUCUUUUCUCAAAAUACAUAAAUAUUCCAAAAA